CGGAGCGAAAAUACACGCUCCCUCGCGCUCUCGGGGAACCAGUGGCCCGCAUCCCCCACCCCGCGCGAUCAUAUCAUUUGUUGUAUAAACCUGUAGAUAAGUAGAUGUUUUAGAUUGAAAUAGAUAACAUAAAAAACGAGAAGAAAGGUGGAUGUCAGUUGUGGUAUUUUGAUAUUUGAGACGAAGGAGAGACAGAACUCAAGGAUCCAAGAAUUUAUAUAUAUAUUUUUUUCUUUAUGUAAACUUUUUACUUUUUUCGAGGGGAGGCACAACAGUUUCGUACUCAUUAUUCUAAGGCACGUGUCACCCUGAAGAUGCACAGAUCUGUAACAAUGUCAAGUGGACAAGUGGAGAUGCUGAUGAUGCUCCUGCUAGUAUGGGCUGUGAUGGCAUCGGAUGGCAUAACAGAGGAGCCAACCAACACAGAGGGGGAUUUCAGCAUCAUAAUCGACGCCGAGAACCCCGAGUUGAGUUUCGACCCCCCAGAGGCUCACCAGGUGGCGUCCCCAGGGAGGGUAUCGGCCACGCAGCCUUACAUAGACCCUGCUACGCCUCUGCAGGUGAAGGCGUACGUGGGAAUCACCGCUUCCAUACCCUGCAUUGUCAACAACCUUGGACAACGCUCAGUAUCCUGGGUCCGCCACCGCGACAUCCACGUCCUGACGGUGGGCCGCUUCACCUUCACCAACGAUGACCGCUUCGUCGCUCUCCACGAGGACGGCAGCAACGCCUGGAUACUCAGCCUCAGGUCGCCAACCACUAAUGACUCGGGGAUAUACGAGUGCCAGAUCAACACCAAACCAACGCUCUCCCAGAUGAUAACACUCGACGUGGUGGAACCUCAAGCAAUAAUCACAGCGGGUCGAGAGUUGUACGUGGAUGCCGGUUCAUCUCUGAGCCUCACCUGCCAGAUCGUCAACGCCCCAGCUGCUCCCGAGUUCCUUCUCUGGUACCACGAACAGCAGGUAGCUAAUUAUGUAGAACACGUGCACGUCGACACAAACCACGUGAAUGGGACUACAACCAGUACUCUCGUGCUGGACGAAGCACGUGUGCACAACUCUGGGAAGUACACGUGCAGCGCCUCCAAUGCACGGGAGGCUUCCAUCAUGGUGCACGUACUCAGCGGGGAGGAGCCGAGAGCGAUGCAGACCAACGGCGCCGGGAUGGAGCUCCUGCCCCUCCCCCCCUCCCCCCUCCCCUUCCUGCUGACGGGACUCUGCUGGCUGCUCCUGCUUCCCCUUCUGCUGCCUGUGUCUGCUGCUGCCUUCCCCUCCGCCUUCGCUGUGGUCGUGACUUUAGAGAUGAUUUAUAUUAUCCCAAAACUUGUAAUAUAAAAUCUUGAAGAGAAAACAGACUGUGUGUUUUUUCCGUGUCUCUUCUUGUAUUUUUUUUUUUAUAAUAAAACUAUAUAUUCUUCCGAUUUGCUUUUCAAUAACCUUGUCCUUACCAACGGUAUGAAAG